AUGUUAAUCAUUUCUCACAUCCAUUUAAGUCACUUACACGCGAUCCCCCAGGCCACGCUAGCGAUAUUACGGGAAAAAUUUUGGGUCCUUACAGGCCGCAAUGUGGUCAGAAAAAUAAUCCAAAAAUGUAUGCGCUGUUACAGACUAAAACCACAGCCAUGUAGCGAACGAAUGGGUAACUUACCGAGCUAUAGAAUAGAGCCCAGUAGACCAUUUUCUAAAACGGGUUUAGAUUAUUGCGGCCCAAUCAACAUCAAUUUAAAUCGCGGUAGAGGAAGGCCAAAAAUAUCGAAAGCCUAUAUAGCAGUCUUCAUAUGCAUGGCAACAAAAGCGGUGCAUUUGGAACUCGUGUCAGACUGUACCACCGAAAGUUUCUUACAAGCUCUGAAAAGAUUCGUUGGUCGACGAGGAAAACCCAACGACAUCUUCUCUGACAACGGGACAACUUUCGUCGGCGCAAAAAAUGAGAUGCAACGACUUCUCAGUUCGCGGAAUGACCGUAAUUACAUAAUAAAAUACUUGACAACUGAGCAGAUCAAUUUUCAUUUUAUUCCGCCUUCCGCGCCACAUAUGGGGGGUAUCUGGGAAGCGGCAGUCAAAUCUGCGAAAAAUCAAUUGAAACGCGUUAUUGGUACAGCUUUGUUUAAUUUCGAAGAAAUGCAGACGUUGCUAAUCCAAGUUGAAGCAUGCUUAAAUUCGCGUCCGUUAACCCCUAUAUCCAAUGACCCAAAUGAUCUGACUCCUUUAACCCCCGGCCACUUCCUCGUUGGAACCCCUCUAACUGCUGUUCCAGAGGACAACGUCACCACGCUCCCAACGAACCGGCUCUCCAGGUGGCAACAAGUCAGUCGCACUCAGCAGCAAUUCUGGAAACGGUGGUCAGCAGAAUAUCUGGGCCAACUUCAAAAUCGCCCAAAAUGGACCAAGGCCAGCCACAACAACAUAAAGGUGGACGAUUUGGUGGUCAUUAAGGAAGACCACACACCCCCGCUUGCAUGGAAGAUGGGACGCGUCACUACAGUUUAUCCCGGUCAAGAUGGCCUCAUUCGGGUAGUGACAGUGAAAACCGCGAAUGGUAUGACUAAACGACCAGUGGUUAAACUAUGUGUGCUUCCGACCGAACCAUAA